AAAAGAAAAAACGCGUUUUACCACCACUCCCUACAGGAUUAGAUUUCAAUACUCCACCGAAAGAUAGUUUAGUUGAAGAUUUAAGAUACGCGCUUGAACAUGCAAAAGAAUUAUACUCCGACAUAGCAUGGGAUUUUACUGUAGCACUAAACCAAACUAACAUCUAUGCACACAAAGCUAUCUUGUAUGCUCGAAGCUCACGCUCCUUUCAAGAACGAUUCUUGAAAAAUAAAGAUGCAAAUGGGAUGUCCAUACGAUCAGUUCGAUUAUCAAACCCAGAACCAAUAAUUGUAAAGACUGCUGAAGACCCAUUCUUUUUUCGACAGGAAUUAAGGUUUUUUUAUACCGGUGAAGAAGGCAGUGAAGAAUUUUUAGCUGCUGUUGAUACUACAGAUGAGCUCGAACAGGAUAAAUUAAAAGAAGAUUUAUUAUAUAUGCUUAAAUCUAAAUUAUAUACAGAUGUUGAAUUAGUCUUGGACCGCUCUGAUGAUAUUCUUGAUAUUAUUGAAGAAGAUGAAGAAAUUAAGCCUAUAACAGUUCGAGCUCACAGAUUCAUGUUGUAUACAAGAUCUGAAUACUUCAAAAAGAUGUUUAGUUCUAAUUUUAUCGAGGCUCGAUCAUCACAUGUUCACCUUGAUAAUAGCAUUUUUACCCAAACAUCACUCAAUUUAAUUUUGACAUUUAUUUAUACUGGUAAUCUUUCAUCUCCUUCAAAACCCUUGACGUUGGAAACUUGUGAAUUGGUUUGGAUCGGGGCUGAUUUUCUUGGUAUAAAGUUACUUUGUGAUGAAUGUAUAUACAGAAUUGCAGAUAAGUUACAUCAUUUCACUUGUACUUGCGCUGAGUGUCAAGCAGUUGUACCAGGAGUUGCUGCUUUUGCAAAGCAAUAUGAAGUUGAUAUAUUAUGGCAAGGAUGUUUGCAUGUAUUAUCACACGGAUUUGAUAAAAUGUGGCCUCAAAAAGCUUUCGCCGAACUUGAUGAAGAUACACGAGAGGAGAUUCUCUUAACAGUUCUUUCCAGAAUACAAAAUAAUAAUAUUAUGGCUAUUUUUAAAGGCUGUCGGAAGGUUUUAUCGAUGAUUGAAAUCAAAGGUAUAGGAUUGCCUUGGAUAGAAACUAUACGUGAAAUGACUAUGCAGGUUCAGUUGUAUACUACUCAAAUUUUGGUAGAAAAUUUUGAACAACUUUGCGAUGAUGAUCAAGAAUUUCUGGAUUGUGUAGACGGUAUUGGAUUUAGUUCGGAUUUAUUAGAGGACAUGAUGUAUACAAUAAUUGAAGAAGGUUUAUCUGAGCGAAAUGCCGCGCGUGUAUUAAAAUGCAUUACAGAAAAGUUAUUGACUAGACAAGCAAUAAUGAAUACGGAAAGUUUUGAAACGAAACGAGUAUUAAUACAAGCAAAGCAAAAGAUUUUUGAUUAUAUAAAAAAGCGAUGGAUUAGUGUGAAGCAAAAUGGUGGUUUUAGAAUAUUAAGUCCAUGGUUAUUAGAUGAAUUCUCAAAAGAACUUGGUGUUACAAAUCAAGAAUUACAAGAACUCGCAGAUCAUAAAGAUACUAAACCUAAGGUCAGAACACCAAGUAUAACGAAUGCAAAUUCAACGACAGUUUCAACAAAUGCAACGACGAUAUCAAUAGAAGAUACAGACACUUUAACGACAAACGUUAGUCCUAGUUCUGAGCCCGCUUCAAACGGAAAUGGCUUAAGUCAUUCAACGUCAAAUUCAUCGUCUUCCGUAAAUUCAAGUUCACAAUCAUCUCCUUUAGCAGAAUCAUCGUCAGAUACCACUUCAAAAACAAAAGUGACAACCAGUAAUGUUACUAAAAAGGGCAAAAAUGUACGUAUUGGUGGAACCACAACGGGUCCUGUGUGGGCACGUCCAACUCGUGCUAGCGUAUUACGUCAAAAGGCUCUCGCAGAUCUUAGAGUACCUAAUGGCUCUUCGACUUCACAAAGAGGUCGGUCUACUACUAAGCAAAAUGCUUCAGCUGCAUCUUCUCGUGCAAGUUCAAUAUCAUCCGUGAAAUCUCUAACUUCACCUUCCGUUUCACCAUCACGGUUUUCCGGUGUAAGACAAACUCGUUCUAGUUUGUUACGUAAACUUAAAUAUGAUGACGCAGAACAACGCCGUGGUCGAGACACUGAACGUGAUACUUCGCCAACAUCUUCCAGAGCUAGCUCUAUCGCUUCUGUUUCAUCUAUUACUAGUAAUACUACUACUUCAUCCCAUCACAGGAGGAAACGUUCACCAUCACAAAAUUCAUCAUCUACUUCAAUUACUUCUAAUUCAAGUGCCAUCACUAGUUUACAACCAAAACCUCAUCAAACAAAAUUAGCAACUAUUCCAAAUCCAGACAUUUCUGUAGGAAGACGUAUAAUACUUCCAACCAAAAACAAUGCACCUGGAGCUAUACAAUUUUUGGGGGAAACAGAAUUUGCUAAGGGUAUAUGGGUUGGAAUAGUAUUAGACAAUCCUGUGGGUAAAAAUAAUGGCGUAGUAGCAAAUACUAAAUAUUUUACGGCAGGCCCUAAUCAUGGAAUAUUUGUUAGACCAGAUUCACUAUUAUUGAUAUAA